AUGGGAGUGGCAGGUCACAAUGAUCCAUUGUUAGGUGAAACAACAUGUGGGUCUUUGCUGCAGCAACUUCAGCUGAUAUGGGAUGAGGUUGGUGAAAGCGAUGAAGAUCGCGACAAGAUGUUACUUCAGCUAGAGCAGGAGUGCUUAGAUGUUUAUAGGAGAAAGCCUGACAAGACAUCUGGUACAAUCAAGGAGCAGCUAGCAGCUAUAUCACCAUCUUUAGAAAUACUCUGCAGGAAAAGAGAGAGUAGGAGUACUAGGCUCCGCAAGAUUCUUGAAUCUGUGAGUUCAGUGCAUGAUCUCUGUUCUGUACUUGGCAUGGAUUUUGUGGGAACUGUUACUAAAGUUCAUCCAAGUCUUGAUGACUCUGUUGGUGUUCAAUCCAAGAGCAUCAGUGAUGAAACAAUAUCCAAGCUGUCUAAAAUGGUGAUUGUACUUCAAGAAGAAAAAUCAAAGAGGUUUGCAAAGAUUCAAGCCCUAGCUUCCCAGCUAUCUGAUCUUUGGAACUUAAUGGAUGCUCCUGUGGAGGAACGACAACCUUUUCAUCAUGUCACAUGCAAUAUGUUCUCAACAUUGGAUGAUGUGACAGUUCCAGGAGCCCUGGCUCUUGAUGUAAUUCAGCAGGCUGAACUUGAAGUUGAAAGGCUUGAUGAGCUAAAAGCUAGUAGGAUGAAGGAUGUUGCAUUCAACAAACAGACUGAACUUGAAGAUAUAUAUGCCCGGGCUCAUGUUGCAAUAGAUUCUAGUGCUGCAAGAGAUAGGAUAAUGUCUAUUAUUGAGUCCAGUAGUUUUGAGCCUUCAGAACUACUGGCUGACAUGGAGAACCAGAUACUUAAAGCAAAUGAGGAGUCCUUAAGCAGAAAGGACAUACUGGAGAGGGUCGAUAGGUGGAUGUCAGCAUGUGAAGAAGAAAGCUGGCUUGAAGACUAUAGCCGGGAUGAUAACAGGUACAGUGCAACUCGGGGUGCACAUCUGAAGGUCAAUAAAAUUCCAGCUAUUGUCGACACACUGGUUGCAAAGACCCGGGCAUGGGAACAAGAGCAUGGCAUGGCGUUCACCUACGACGGCGUUCCUCGUCUUGCAAUGCUGGAUGAAUACAAAAUCCUGAGGCGGGAGAAGGAAGACGAGAAGCGAAGAAUAAGGGAGAAGCUGUUCGGGUCAAAGCCGAGCCCCUGCACGGCCCCAGUCGUCCUCAAGGAAGGUGGCUGGCGCACGGACCAGCGGUGUCGGUGGUGCUGCCAAUGGCACGCCAGUUCGCAGGCUGUCGGCCCUCCAGAGCGGCGCAGGACAGCGAGCCGGGAUGGGAGGAGGAUGCCAGCAGACCCGUGGCCCCCGGUGAACUACGUCGCCAUCGCCAAGGAAGAUGCGACCUCGCAGGCGUCCAGCAACUGA